UUCUCCCAUCGAUACCAUCACGACGACCCUGUUUGGAAUAUGGCCAUUCAAUCCAAACCUUUAUCUUCCAAUUUAGCCGAAUGGCUUUCUGGAGGAAGAGCAGGAUUGGGUAAAAGUUCAACACGAUAUGGAAUUGUUGUAAUUUUGGCCGUUUUGAUCGUGUUAAGGAGAAGAUUACAAGGAAUUCUAAGACCGGCCGCCGCCAAGAAAGGUAAAGAGGUACAUGGUCGUUCUAGACCUCAAGUAAUACGAAAACAAUCUUCUUUUGCACAUAAAGCAAAAGAAGAUAAUUCAUUGUUAAACGAACUUCGAUCAAAAGCACCCGCAACGGAAGAAGAAAUGAAUGCUGCCUUAGAGGAAUUAUACGUUGAAAAUAAAGAUGGAUCGUAUGACUUGCUUGUUCCUUAUCGUAGAAGGAUUGCAAGAGUUAGCAUCAAUGAAACAACACAAAGGACAAUUGAUGAAAAUUAUCCAUUCUUUGCUAAACAACCACCAGUGCUCGAUAAACGAAAAACAAGAAAGACGACCUCGGAAGGCAAAGACGUUGAAAAGAGUAUCGAUGAGAAACGUUUGGAAGAGGCAAAAACGUUGCGCGAAGAAGGAGGUGCUGCUGCUGCAAGUGCUAAGAAAGUUGGUGUCAACAAAGAAUUCUUCCGCCAGUUACGAGCGAUCUUCAAAGUGAUCGUACCUCAUGCAUCCUCUAAAGAAGUCUUUAUCUUCCUUUUGCACACCGCUUUCCUGGUUUUGCGUACCUAUCUUUCGGUUUUGGUUGCUCGACUUGAUGGUCGCAUCGUUCGUGAUCUAGUUUCCGCUAAUGGAAAGGGUUUCCUCAAGGGUCUCGGUCUCUGGUUCCUGUUGGCCGUUCCAAGCACAUAUACCAAUUCGAUGAUCCGAUACUUACAGUCGAAGCUGGCCAUCGGCUUCAGAACACAUAUGACACGAUAUGUGCAUGAUCUCUAUUUGAAUGCAAACGCCAACUUUUACCGGGUAAUCAAUCUGGAUGCCCGAUUAGACGGUGCAGAUCAAUUCAUUUGCACGGAUGUAUCGAAAUUCUGCGAAACACUCUCGGCCCUAUACUCCAACGUCUCUAAGCCAACGUUAGAUUUGAUCAUUUUCAACUAUCAAUUAGCACAGAAUUUGGGCAUGAAGGGUGUUUUGGGUCUAUUUGGAAAUUAUCUGUUGACUGGAUGGAUCUUGAAAAAGGUCACCCCCGCAUUCGGUAAAUUGUCCGCAAUCGAGGCAAAAUUGGAAGGUGACUUCCGUAGUGCACAUGCUCGUAUCAUCACAAAUGCUGAAGAGAUUGCAUUCUACAAUGGUUCAAAGAUAGAGGAAAGCAUCUUAAACCGUGCGUACAUGCGAUUAAUCAGACAUGUCAACUCAAUCUACAAGAUUCGUAUCGCCUACAACAUGACUGAAGACUUUGUGCUGAAAUAUUGCUGGAGUGCAAGUGGUUAUAUUAUCAUUGCAGCACCACUCUUAUUCGGCUAUAAGAAGGAAACAAGCUCUGCCGAAAAGCAACUUAGCGAGAAGCCAACAAAUGAAGGAAUGGCAAGCAAAACCGAGAGUUAUAUCUCCAACAGAAGACUAUUGUUGUCGUUGGCUGAUGCAGGAUCACGUUUGAUGUAUUCGUUCAAAGAAUUGAAUGAGUUGGCCGGUUACACAUCUCGAGUAUACACUUUGAUCUCUACAUUGCAUCUAUUGGAACGCGGACAAUACCAAGCCUUACCAAGACCACAAGGUAUUCCUGACGAUCAAAGAUUUUACGAUAUGGGCAACAUUCAAGGACGUGUACUUUUGGGCAGCGACAGUGUUUCGUUUGAGAAUGUGCCAAUCGUUGCGCCCGCUCCGGGAAUGGAACGUGGAGGAGAAGAAUUGGUUCGUGAUCUUUCUUUGACAAUCAAUAAUGGAGACCAUAUCCUUAUUACUGGUCCAAACGGUGUCGGAAAGACUGCAAUCGCCCGUGUUCUUGCUCAAUUAUGGCCAACGUUCAAGGGUUCGUUGAAGUUGCCUGCCGAUUACGAUCCAUUCUUCUUGCCACAAAGGCCAUACCUUUCUGCUGGUAGUUUGCGGGAACAAGUCUUGUACCCAACAAGCUAUGCAGAAUUCAUCAAGAGUGGACGUACAGAUGAAGAUCUAUUACAAAUCUUGAAAGAUGUUCAUUUGGCUUAUUUGCCUGAUCGUGAAGGCGGUUGGGAAACACGUAAAGAAUGGAAAGAUGUUUUAAGUGGUGGUGAAAAACAAAGGAUGGGAAUGGCACGUUUGUUUUAUCAUUCACCUAAAUUUGGUGUUUUGGACGAAUGCACAAGUGCGGUUUCAACUGAUGUGGAAGGAUUGAUGUACGCUCGUGCAAAAGAGAUGGGAAUCACUCUAAUCACAAUUUCACACAGACCUUCUUUGUUCAAAUACCAUGACGUUUUAUUGCGCUUACAUGGAGAAGCAGGAAAAUGGGAAAUCGAACGAUUGACAACUCAAGACGGUCAAGCAAAGAGCUUCAACGAUGAAAUCAAGGAUUUGGAAGAAAAGUUACGCGAUGUAGAUCAAUGGAAGAAACGUGUAAACGAGAUUCAAGGCGAAUUGAGUCUUUCCAAAGCUUAAUAAGUUUCUCAUGUAUGUUUGUUAUAAUAUCUACUUUUCCGGAUUCGCCCUGUAUUGAAUAAAAUGUUAUUUGAUAGAUUUAUCCUUGG